GGAGAGAGAGAGGGAGACAGAGAGGAGGGCUGCGGGCAGGAGGGGAGAGGCAGAGGGGAGCGAGGAGGCCGCGGCGGGCUCAGGGGCACGUCGGCCGGGUCCCCCCCGCGAGCCAGACGUCGCCAUUCCGCUGCUCGGGGCGCCGCCGCCGCCGCCGCCGCGCCCGGGGGCCAUGGUGCCGCCGCCCCCGCGCCAGCCGCCGCCCCAGGCGCGCGCGGCCCGCGGCGCGGUGAGCCUGCAGCGGGCCUUCCUGCGCGGCCCGCUGGGCGUGCUGCGGCUGCUGCAGCUGCUGGCCGGCGCCGCCUUCUGGAUCACCAUCGCCACCAGCAGGUACCAGGGCCCGGUGCACUUCGCGCUCUUCGUGUCCGUGCUCUUCUGGCUGCUGACCCUGGGCCUCUACUUCCUCACGCUGCUGGGCAAGCACGAGCUGGUGCCGGUGCUGGGCUCGCGCUGGCUGGUGGUCAACGCGGCGCACGACCUGCUGGCGGCCGCGCUCUACGGCGCCGCGACGGGCAUCAUGAUCAGCCAGACGCAGAGCCACAGCUACUGCAACCUCAAGGAUUACCAGAUGUCCUGCGCCUACCACGCCUUCCUGGCGGCCGCCGUCUGCGGCGGCCUCUGCCUCGGCCUCUACCUGCUCUCGGCGCUCUACGGCUGCUGCCGCCACUACCAGGGCGAGCAAGAGGUGGCGUGAGGCCGCCGCGCCGCGGGGCGGGGACCCGUCCUCCCUGCCGCCGCCGCCGCCCCGCGCCCGUGCGCCCCGGCACCCUCCCCGCGCCCCGCGUUCCCGCCGCCGGCGCCCGGAUCGCAGUUCCCGCCCGACCGCAGCGUCGCCAUCCAGAGUCCGCACAGCUGCGCGGUCUCCAGGGACCAGGGCAGGGCUGCAUCCGCCGGGCGGACGCGCUCCAUCAGACAGGCCGCCCCGAGGCGAAGCCUCGCGGUUCCUCUUCCCCUUCCCCGCCGAGAGCGAGACGUGGACAGGCGCCGCGUAGAUCCGGGGGAGGCUCCCAAAUUGGAACCAGUCUACUGGCGGCGCCUCUGCCCCCUCCCUCCCGCCCCACGUUCGGAAGAGCACCCCCUUGCCCUGGCCCCUCUUCCAGCCCCGAGUGCUGAAAAAGGCAGGCACGCCGCCGUGGGCGGAGUUGGGGACGCGCUUCCACUGGUCCCGGGAGGGGCGACGGGUGUGGUUUUAGUUUGGGACUGUGCGGGCAUCCUGCGCAGUCCUUCCGGGCCAUCCCUCAGUGCUUUGAUGUCUUGGGGUGCGGCCCGUCUGCAAAGGUGACGAUGGAUAGAAAGUGCCCGCGGGCUGUACCCUUGCACCUUUGGAGUCUUCUUUCUCCUCUGCCUGUUCCGCCUUUUUCCCUCGUGGUUCACGGAGGCCAGGCCCUAACGCCCACUAGCUUCCCUGGCCUCGCCUUCCCAGCCUUCCUCUCACAGGCUUCUGUUCCAUCCCCACCUCCCAAUAUCUUUUUGCGUUCACACUCUGGUCAAGCAAUGUUAGGCGAGCCCCACCCCUUUUUACAGAUGGAGACUCAGCGUUUGCUUUUGGGAACCGCCAGUGAAAGAUUAGAAGGCCGUCUUCGGAUUCCCAGUCUAGCGUUGUUUACUUUAAAGCUUUGGGUGCUCCCUGAAAUCCUGACUCCGGAGCUACCCUCUAAAAGAGGGUUUCAAGGCCAAAAGGGUUUGUCAAAGGGGCUUUCUCCUCUUCUUGAAGAUUCAUAACACUCAGCAUAUCAAAGUCUCUGAGAAGUCCUGUUCUAAAAGAAACCCAAGUAAUUUAGUUUACAGUGUUAACUGCCUCUGAAUCUGGACCAGCUUUUCCCACCUUAAGGUUCCAAGCAGCCGUGUAUUUUCCUGGCUCUCAUUUAUCGCCAAGAGGCCCAACCCAUUGGCUGUGUCUGUUUGAAGACCUGGGGCACUCCUUCUCUUUCCCAGGGAAUUUCUAUAGCAGAAGGGGCCCCUCACCCGCUGCGUGGAAGAGAAGAUUGCUGCCCCUGUCAGGCCAAUGAGAGCCUGGGGAACUGUGGAUUGAACAUUCCUUUACAUUCUUUGGGAAAUGAAGCCAAGGUUAUCCAGAUGGUUUCCAGGUUUCCCAGUCAAAGGAACAUCACCUGUAAGAGAUGCAGGUAUGCACCAUGGGCAACUGGCAGGAGUGGGUCACACCAAACAGAGAAGAAAACUCUGGAUCUGGGAUGAACAGCUGGCCCAGCCUUGGUAAGUAUUUGGGCCACCUGCGCAGCUUGCGGGAUCUUAGUUCCCUGACCAGGGAUUGAACCCGCGCCCUUGGCAGUGAAAGUGUGGAGUUCUAACCACUGGACUGCCAGGUUUCCAUGUUGCUGAGGCCAUGGAGACUCCCAGAGCCGGUCAUGCCAACCUUUCCCAGGACCCUCUUCCCUGGGCCAGCAGAGGGUUUCAGUGUCUUCACUGGACAUAGAGGGAGGUGGGGAGGAGGAAGAAUAUUUGCCCAGCAGCUCCCUUUCCACAUCAUUCAAUGGAAGAGCCAAGAUGGGGAAGGUUCAUCUUGCCUUGACAUUGAGAAAUCCCCAUUCUGCUUGUGCUGUGACUUGGGCACAAGCUUCCAGAUAGCUGGAACUGAGCCAUGUGCCCCUGUACCUUAAACAAUGGCUUUUGAGCUCCAGCGUGUGUUCCUUUCAUCUUUUUUUAGAUUGCCACAUAAGCUGCAUCCUCAGCUCAGAUCCAGCCCCCUUGAGGACCUCUUCUUAGCCCCAGCCCAUGGUGUUCUGUCGGUGGUCAGGUGACCUUACUCAGGAGCAGACGUCUCCUUGGCCUUCAUGGUACCUUACCCAGCCACAUGUGCCUGAAACAUUCUAGAGCUCACUGUCUCGUCUAGAUGUGCCUUCCCACUUGGCCUCCUGCUGGUUCUCCAGAUGUGAGAAGGACAUGAAGACAGCCCCCACACCCAUCCUCUGCUUCCCUUUGAGGCCCUGUGCCAUGGGAAUUGCCACCUGAGCUGGCCUGGAACUUUUGGAUACUGGAGGCAGUCUCCUUGGCCUCCCUCUUUGGACUCCAGGACUCAAUCCAACCUGAGACUGCUGUGGGCUGCCCCAGCCCAAAAGUCUGGGACCACUUGUGGGCCCAGGGGAGGAUUUCUUCAGUGUUCUACAAAGGCCAAAAGAGAGGGUAGGUGUGGGAGGGUGAAGGAGGGCAGGGAGAGGGGACUGAUGUGCCUUAUUCAGUAGUUUAGUGGUGAUUACUAAUAUGCUUUCCUGAAUAAAGUUUGAUUU